AACCUGUCUGUCAUACCAUGUGAUCUCGCUGGGCCCACACUGCCGGGAUGAAUCCUGCAUCUAAGCAUGGAUACCAAGUUGGUAACAAGCUCCAUCAGGAUGUCCAUUUGUACCAAGGCACAUCUUUAGGACAUCGGCACCGCCUGCUUGGGAUUCUGAAGGUGUUGUCUGUCAUCAACAUCCUCCUGGGCCUCAUCACCACAGCGCUUGGGGGAGUACUGGUUGCCCUGGCUUUGGAUAGACCACGAUUUACAUUUUCUACGGGGCUGCCUCUUAUGACGGGUGUACUGAAGUUAAUCGGGUCAAUCAUUCUGUGCUUUAUAUCCGUGGGAGCUUCAAAAUUCAGAAACUACACCUCACCACAACUAUGCAAGUGGCAGUGUGCCAUGAUGUAUUUCUGCUACGCCGGUGUCCUUAUUCUUGGAACCUUAAACUUGGUGUUAACCUUCAGUGAAACUGACAUCCAGCUAUCUUUAAUCCAUGAUGAUAGCCGUGUACCUAUGUUCCCCUUAGGAAUAGCCUCGGCAACUCUUGUUGCUGUGGACCUUCUUGGGGGCAUUUGCGUGGCGAUAGUUUGUGUCUUCAAGCAUCAAAGUGACCCAGGGUUUCAUGCCAAGUACAGUCCUUCGAUUCAGCACAACGAACAUAUUGAAAGAGAAGUGAACUACCGUUUGAUGAUUCUACGGCAGAUGCUACCAAGACAUUCUGUGGGACACGUGUCAUUAACGCCUCAUAGCAGCGUGGGGUCAUCUCGUUCCGUGCACAAACAGGAUACAGUGACGCAUGUGGACAGAAAAGGAUAUUAUGUGUGGGACGCCCUUCCUACUCUGGACUAUUAAUAGUUGGUUGGUUGGUUGGUUUGUUGUUUACCGCUGCACUCAACAAUAUUCCAGCUUUAUGACGGCGGUCUGUAAAUAAUCGAGUUUGGACCAGACAAUCCAGUGAUUAAUAAC